AUGUCACCCCAUGGGCUCGAAAGUCGUCUGCAUGUGAGCCGCGUCGCCGUCAUUGGAGCGGGCGCCAGCGGCCUGGCAGCUGCAAAGUACCUCCUCGCUGAGAAGAAGUUCUCCGAGGUCCGCAUAUUCGAUCAGAGGGAUACAAUUGGCGGCACGUGGGCAUACAGUCCUCUGUCUGUCAUUGAUAAUGAUUUCACGGUUCCUCGGACGUCCCCUUCGAAACGGCCAGAUACGGCCAUCAGAACGGAUGACAGUGCGAGCCCUCAAUUCGUCUCGCCGGUCUACGACUUUCUCGAGACAAAUAUCCCCCAUUCUCUCAUGAAUUACACCGACCUGGAAUUCGCCCAAGGCUCGUCCCUCUUUCCCGAGCAUGCCGUCGUCAAACGCUAUCUCGAAGAGUAUGGCAAAGGCUUGACGCCGCACCUGUCUCUGUCGACCCAGAUACUCGGCGUCUCCAAGACGGACAAGGACGGUGGCUCUGUCUGGGAGGUCGAGACGCUCGACCUCAAGACGGAGGAGAUGAAGCGCUCCGAGUUCGACGCCGUCAUGGUCGCGAGCGGCCACUAUAACGAUCCCUUUAUCCCCGAGAUCAAGGGGUUGGCAGAGUACAACGCCGCCCAUCCAGGCGCCAUUUCCCACUCCAAGUUUUACCGAAACCAGCUACAGUUUGAGGGCAAGAAAGUCGUCAUUGUCGGCAACUCAGCCUCUGGCAUCGACCUCAGCGCCCAGAUUGCGACCGUCUGCCAGCACCCCGUGCUCGUGUCCGUCAAGACGGAGCUCAAGACGGCCGAGGACGAGGCCGAGGGCGCCAUCCUCAAGCUCGUGCCCGAGAUUACCGAGUUCGUGCCCGAGACACGCAGCGUCCGCUUCGCCAACGGCGAGGUCGAGAGCGACAUCGACUCGGUCGUCUUCUGCACGGGCUACUUCUACAGCUUCCCCUUCCUGCGGGCGCUGUCGCCGCCGGUCAUCACCGACGGGUCGUAUGCGCGGAACCUGUAUGAGCACAUGCUCUACAUUGACGAUCCGACACUGGCGUUCGUCGGCAUCCCGCAGCGCAUCGUGCCGUUCCCCAUCGCCGAGGCGCAGACGGCGUGGGUUGCGAGGUUGUGGGCGGGACGCCUGGCUGUGCCGCCCACUGAGGAGAUGAGAGCGUGGGAGGCCCAGGCGCUGGCGGAGGCGGGUGGUGGGGGCAAGGCGAUUCACACCAUGCUGUUUCCCAAGGAUGUGGACUACCUGAACAAGCUGCACGAGCAGUCGUUGUCGGCGGCGACGGUCGAAGGGCUGGAGAACGACGGCAAGGGAAAGCUGCCGCCCUAUUGGGGCCCAGAGAAGAGGUGGACAAGGGAGAGGGUGCCGCUGAUCAAGGUGGCCUCAAGACUACAGGGCGAGCGACGGCAUGAGAUUAAGACAUUAGCCGAGCUUGGCUUCGACUUUGAGGCAAGCCAGAAGCGCCAGGAAAACGACUUUGCCUGA